GAAGGCAGCAAUGAAGGCACAAGAAGAAAUGAUGAGCAGCUUAAUGUCUCAGCUAAAAUCUCAAGGCAUAUUGAAAAAGAAAAUCAAAAGCAAAAAGGCACGGGUAUGUUUAACAUCAUCCAAGUAAUUUUGAUUAAGUAUGUAUUUCCUAAUAAUUCUGCAGUAUCUAAUAUGUCAACUGCACUAUAUAGAAAUCUCAUAUUAGAGAGAAGUCUCUUAUGCUUGAAUUCCCUGUUACAAGCAUUUCUCCGACUGAAAGGAAUGAAUCUAAUACAAAUAGAAAUGACCCUGAAUCUGAAAAUGUAUCUCAGUCUACGGGAUCGAAAGAUAGUUCUGAACUCCAAAUGUCUGGAAAAUACAAACAAAAGUCUCCUGCAUCUGAGCAUCUACCCCUUAGUUCACCAGACAAUUCUCAAUCGAAAGACAAAACUGAACUUUCAACGAUUGGUAAAUGCAAACUGGCUCAUGCUUCACUGAGAAAUAUCAUUGCAUGGGGUUCGGUUCUUCCAUCAGUGCCAGGUCAGAAGGUUCAUGGAGAUCCACUCCGGGAUGAUUGUGUCAGAGUGACGGUUGAAAAGUCGAUAUUAAAGAAUCAUUGUUUGCCAGUCCCAUCUACUCAUCUCAAAACAGUAGAGGAUGCUGAAAAAUCUAUAGUAGCUUGGCCUAAAGAGUUUGUGAUCUCUUGCUCUAGUGGCCAUCCACUUUCAGACCCCGGUGAACAUGAUUCUGACCCAAACGAUGAAUAUGAUUCUGACCCAAACACUAAGAAGACAAAGAAGAAGAAACCUUCAUAUAUGAAGAGCGGGGAACUAAAGUCUCGGAGAUCCAGCAAGAGACUCAAGACUGCAGCCUAAUUAUUAAUAGAAAUAGUCGUGGACUAUAGGAUUUGGAUGUUUAAACUUUUAAGUCUCUCUUUGAAAGUUUGUUUUCUCAAGGUUACUGCACAAUUAUCAGAUUGAGAUGUUUAUUAUAUUGUGAAAUGAAAUUAUUUUGGU